AUGCUGUCACAAAGUUUCAUGCUUCGAUUCUUUAGUCCGGCUCUUUUCGUCAUUGCUUCAGUGAGUGCCGAGACUUCGACUUGUUUAGCCCGUCCAACGCCGGCGGAAGAGAGGACAAACAUCACCAUAGGUGAUUUUUCUAUGCCGAUUGGCAUAGCGUCCGGAGAUUGGCAAUUUAAUCUGAUCCUUGCGGAUCUCGUUGCAAUCUUGCUUGAGGAAGUGCUGGGAUAUAACGUUGCGAAAGUCGUGACAGGGUCAGAGCUGCAAAAGCUGCUCAGUGUGGCUGGCUGCUCAAUGGCCACUACUGGUAUCAGUUGUGCUUACCCGUCGUUCUAUCACAUUGCUCUGGAGGUCAUGGAAUUUCAUACCACCUUGUCGGAAUGGUCUACAGCUCUGGAGCAGCUCGGGGAUCUAGCCCCAAACGACUUGGGAACCCUGGGCUACGAGGGCUAUGAAGGGAUGUUCAUCUUCGAGCAGCCUCGAAAGAAGUGUCUCGAGGAAACUGGCCUAGACUUGUCCUACUUCUUUUCAUUCAAUGCUUCCUGGUUCCAUCCGGAGAACUACCUGGCGACCAUCGGUUCAGUUGACAUGGACCGGCUGCUCCCUUGCUCGCAACGCCUCUACGUGGAGUGGCCAGAUUUGGGAGACCAGUACCUCAGCGCAACUGGGGACUCAGAGGGUGUCGAGUUUGUGGCUUCAGCUCGCCUGAAGUGCUGGGAAGGGAAGUGGUGGCUGGCACCAGCUUGCCGAUCCAACGCUUCGAGAUGCGUUGCGGUGGUGACGGGGCCAGAGGCUUGGGGGAUGCCUUAUAUGGUGCAGCAAGCAGCCUUUCACAACAUGCCGCUUGCGAUCGCAUCAGCUUUGGAUACUCCUACCUACGAAGAGAUCAAUCGCGAGCUCCAGUCUGUGUUCUACUGGUGGAGUCCCGACCCCACCUUCGCAGCCUUCGAAACCAGAGCUGUUGUUUUCCCGCCCCACAACGCUGCCGAACACAGGCAGGGAAUCUACCAGACCCAGCCGAGCACGGAGCCAGUACUGAAAUUGGUUUCCUCUGGCUUGGAAUCCUCCGCGCGACGUGCUUACCGUCUCCUCGAAAACAUGCAGAUCAAGGACAGCGAUGUGUCGGAUUUGCUGCGGUUGCACGUGGAGUCGGGCUCCAACCCCCGGCUGACUGCAUGCGAAUGGCUCCAAGCUUCCCGAGACCAAUGGAUCACUUGGAUACCAUCGAAGACUGAAUGCCUUGUCAGUAAAGGCUUGGUCAAUGAGGCUGGCGACUUCGUCACUUCUACAACCAAUGCUGCUGAUUGUGCCACUUGCCCACCUGGGCGAGCAUCCGUCAAAUUUGAGAGGACCUUCCUGUGUUCGAACUGCACGGUUGGAUCCUAUCAGAACGCCUGGGGUUCGACGACGUGCUUCUCCUGUGAGCCGGGCACGGUGGCAGCGGAGUUCGGGAUGACGCAGUGCAGCCUUUGCAG